GGGGGCGGCCGCAGGCACUGAGAGGAGCUUCGAACUGCCGCCCGAACGCGGGCGUGCCUCUCAGCCGGGGUGGCCCGCGGGCCGGCCCCUCGUACUCCCGAGUCACGCCCGGCGGGGCCCUAGACGACAGCACAGCCGCGGCGUGCGGGUUGCGCGUGCACGUCCGGCAGGAUAGCGUACUGCGUAAGAAGGAAGGGUGCUGUAGAACCCUUGCUCCAGGCCUGCGUUUUUACCGUCCGCGACGCCCGAGGUGCCCUCAUUUGAUGAGGCUCACGCUCUGACCGCUGAAUUGCACUUUCCCUGUACGUGGUUCCAUCUUUAAGUUCACGAGCAGGGAACAAGAGAAGCUGUUGGGAGUGCUCUUGGGAGCCCCUUUCCCGAGUUGAUCGCGCUUCCCUCUCUGCAUAGCGGGUGCAUCUUAGUGCGACGAGUACGCGGCAGACUGUUGGUUGUGUAAAAGGCAUGAGAUGGUUGCACGAAUUACCCAGGGUCGGGGUUGGUGGCAAAGGCAGGACUAGGCCCUAGGUCUUGCUUAUGCAGUCGGUGAACGUCCAGGGAGCGUGCCCGGUGGCCACAGGCUGGUCUGUUCACUCUGGGGCAGUAGUGCUCGUGUCUAGGCUGCUCCAGGUCUAUCUGCCGGGGGCUUCUGACCCCACGCCACGGUUGGAAACCUUCCUAGGGUUGGCCUGGAGCCCAAGCAGGUGUGGUAGUUCUGCAGCUGAAGCACCUGCCACCAAAGCAGAGGAUGACUCCUUUCUCCAGUGGUUCCUGCUUCUCAUUCCUGUGACUGCCUUUGGCCUGGGGACCUGGCAGGUCCAGCGUCGAAAGUGGAAGCUGAAGCUGAUAGCAGAGCUCGAGUCUAGAGUUAUGGCUGAGCCCAUCCCUCUGCCAGCAGACCCAAUGGAACUGAAGAACCUGGAGUACAGGCCAGUGAAGGUCAGGGGGCACUUUGACCACUCCAAGGAGCUGUACAUGAUGCCUCGGACGAUGGUGGACCCGGCCCGGGAGGCCCGGGAGGCCGGCCGCCUCUCUUCCUCGCCGGAGAGCGGGGCCUAUGUCAUCACCCCCUUCCACUGCACAGAGCUGGGAAUCACCAUCCUGGUAAAUAGAGGGUUUGUCCCCAGGAAGAAAGUGAAUCCGGAUACACGGCAGAAAGGCCAGAUCGAGGGAGAAGUGGACCUAGUUGGGAUGGUGAGGCUGACAGAAACCAGGAAGCCCUUUGUCCCUGAGAACAAUCCAGAAAGAAAUCACUGGCACUACCGGGACCUGGAGGCCAUGGCCAGGCUCACAGGCGCAGACCCCAUUUUCAUUGAUGCCGACUUCAAGAGCACCGUCCCCGGGGGACCCAUUGGAGGGCAAACCCGAGUCACUCUGAGGAACGAGCACAUGCAAUACAUCAUCACCUGGUACGGACUCUGUGCAGCUACGUCAUACCUGUGGUUUAAGAAAUUCCUACGUCGGACUUCUGGUGUGUGAGAUUAGCAGAUGUAGCCCUUCCCCUAAAUUAUCAGGAAGUGGCUGAUUUGUGGAGAUGUUUUCAUGUGGGAUCAGCAACCACUGGCAUAAAUAAAUCUCUGUGCUACACUG